CAAUGAGGAAUAAUAAAUUUUAAGAAACAUGGAGUCAUACCAACCCCAAGUCAAUAUGACUGAUUCAUUAAAGCAGAAAUUACAGCUAUUCAUCUCUUGUAGGAAGCUCAGAGAUCUUGACUAUAUUUCUAAGUCAGAUCCCUUUGUGGAGGUCUAUCUCAAAAACGAUGAGAGGUCGUCCUGGAUCCUUGUUGGUAAAACUGAAACGAUUCAAAAUAAUCUGAAUCCAGACUUUUCAACACCGAUCAUUAUUGAUUACUUCUUUGAAAAGACCCAAGACAUCAGAUUUGAAGUUUGGGACCAAGAUCCUAGCAGAAAGGAAAAGCAAGGGUCCCAUACCACCAAGGUUGCUCAUCUCCUUGGUGCUAGGGACCAGACUUACUUCGCAGCUCUCUCUAAAUCCGAAAAAUCCAAGAAAAAUUGAGGUUCAAUAUUUGUGACUACUGAUGCUGUUAAGGACACCAACAAAUCAGUGAUAAUUAACCUUCAAUGCUCUGGUCUCAAAUCUAAGAAGGAAUUCUUUGGUCUUAUUAAUACAAAUCACCCAUUUUUGGAGAUUAAAAGGUGAAGAACUAGAGAACCAACAAUGGAAAAUGCGAAAAAUGCAAUUAAAGUGUAUACUUCAAAAGUAUUGAAGCCAACCCUGAAUCCAUCAUUUGACCUUGGAGAGAUUUCUCUUGAUAAACUCUGCAAUUCUGAUAUUGAUUUACCUCUUCUGUUCCAAGUGUGGUCCUACCAAAAAUCUGGCAAGCACAGAAUUUAUGGAACUGUUCAAGGCUCUGUUAGAGAAAUGAUUGAUCAAAUUUGAGAAAACCAUCAAAUUAUCAAAAGACAAGGCAAUCCUUACGGGACAAUGACAUUUAGUAGAUUCGACCUUAUCGAAAAACCCACAAUGGUCGAUUACUUGAGAAGUGGAUGGAAGAUCUCCUUGAGUGUAGCAAUUGAUUUUACUGCUUCUAAUGGAGAACUCUCUGAUCCUAAUUCUCUCCAUUUUAUUGAUCCUCAUAAUCCUUCAAAGAUGACACAGUACGAGCAAGCUAUUUACAACAUCGGCAAUAUUCUUGAGCCUUACGACUCAGAUAAAAAGUUUCCUAUAUUUGGCUUUGGAGCCAAACCAAGAUUCUGAGGAAUAGAGCAAGUUUCUCAUUGUUUUCACCUUAAUGGCCAAGAGAAUCCAGAAGUUGAAGGAGUCCAGGGCAUUCUCGAAGCAUACAGAAAUGCUAUGUAUGGUGGAAUUGGACUCUAUGGGCCUACCAACUUCACUCCUUGUUUGCAAGCAAUGACCAACUUUAUCAAAGAUAGAGUGUCCUUAUGUGAAUACAACAUCAUGCUUUACAUCACUGAUGGAGCAAUUACUGACAUGGACGAAACAAUUGAGGAAAUAGUAAGGGCAAGCUAUUUGCCAAUGAGCAUCAUCAUUGUAGGAGUAGGAACAGCUAAUUUCUCAAGGAUGGAGGCAUUAGACUCUGACGGGCAACUACUAAGAGAUAAGUUUGGAAACUAUUCUGUAAGAGACAUAGUUCAGUUUGUUGAAUUUAACAACUACUCAAACGAUAUAUCAUAUCUUCAUGAGGAUGUUCUACGUGAAGUCCCUGGUCAACUAGUCAGCUACAUGGCCAACAAUAAUAUUGCUCCAAACCCGAUCUCUCACGUAAUUCCUUCUUAAUAGUAACCACCUUCCCCACUUAACCCCAUUUUUAUC